CCAAGUAAAUGGUGGUCUUUGACUAUUGUACUCUAGGAUUGUAAUUCAGUCUGAAUGUACUCACAUGCUUGAAUGCAAUAUUGAAUUCUAACCACAACGUUACUGGUAAAAUGUUUCAUGAUUGUCAUAUUGGUGAUGACCAAGCCAGAACUCAUUCCCUUGAUGUUACAGAGUUAUGGAGGUUAUUCCAAACAAUAUGGUUAGGCUGGAGACCCUGGAUAGAAAGCCCAAGCAUAUGAUGACCCCGUAUGCAUCACUGAAACCUCUGCGCCCGAGGACUCGCCCUGGCUGGCCAAAGGAUUCCCCUUCAGCCCCUGUGCUUCCAGGAGAUGCUGAAAUGCUGACUUCAUCAUCGGAGGAGGAAACUGAGUGUCAUUGUUUCACAAACCAUACAUAUGCUGGCCCCACAUCACCCUGGAAAAAGGAGCUGCACCCCGACCAGAAACAACUGCUCGAGUAUGUUUUGGCCUGCGAUCGUCCAGCUAUGGAACUGAUCGUUAAAGAGGGAGGGGUGUGUUUAACCCGAGAAGAGUUUUGGUCUCUCGGGUUGUCCAGAGACAUGGACUCCACGCUGGUUCAGGAAGCUGCUCAGAGACAUGGCAAAGAUGUCUUCAUUGCCAACAUGUAUAUUGUACCAACGUGGAAGCACAAAGACGUCGAUCCAAUGUCAAGCCUUCCAAGGGAUGCACAUCUAAAGGAUGCACUCCUCUUCCCAGCGUGGAGCAAGCACAACGGGCCAGAGCAUUACCUUCUCUGUCCAUGUUCCAGUGGUGUGCAACAGGGGUCCCCUACCACAGAGUCAUGGACCAGUACUGGUGAAACGAGCAUUGCGCAGCACAUCGUCCCAGGAAGCUGGAGUGAGCUCACUGGAAAAGACAUGCAGGAGAUCCCACGCCAGACCUCGGGGAAUGACUGUGGUGUUUUCAUGCUCAUGUACUCCCUCUGGCUCUGUACGGACACUACUUUUCACUACAGUGUGCUGGACAUGCAGUCAAUCCGGCGUUGGUGGUGUGUCCUUCUAAUGGAGCGCUUUGGCAUUGAAGGGCAUGGCCAGAGGUUCUGUUAUUGGACAGACAAGGCGAGCGGCCUAUUGCAGGGCAUUCUUCAGCCAGUGUUUAGGGUAUCCAGAAACUCAGUCCAGGCCAUCGACUGCGUCAUCAAAAAAUAACUGAAUACAGUACUGGUGCAGCUCGCGCAAUGUUUGGAACAAAACAUUUGUAAACAAUAAA